AUGGACGAGAAUAAUUCGGACGAAGAAUCUGAUAACACCGCCACUAUGAGCACAAUUUCUCAUCACAAUUUCAUCAACAAUUCCGAAACUAUCUGCAUCUCCAUCGUUGAGAACAUGAGGGAGGAUUACGGCCUAUACGUCUGGCCUUGCGCUGUAAUUCUUGGCGAAUAUGUUUGGCAACAGAAGGAUCGAUUUUCAGGAGCUAACGUUGUUGAACUUGGUGCUGGAACUUGCUUACCUGGUUUGGUUGCGGCAAAAGUUGGUGCCAAUGUUACUCUUACCGAUGACUCCAGCAGAUUAGAGGUGCUUGACAACAUGAGAAGAGUUUGUGACUUGAAUAAACUUGAGGGCAAUGUGGUAGGACUGACGUGGGGAGUUUGGGAUUCGUCCAUAUUUGAUUUACGACCUACAAUAAUUCUAGGGGCUGAUGUGUUGUAUGACUCGAACGCUUUUGACGACCUCUUUGCAACCGUGACAUUCCUGCUCCGAAAUUCACCUGGGUCAACUUUUAUAACUUCAUAUCACAAUAGAAGUGGACAUCACCUUAUUGAGUUUUUGAUGCGUAAAUGGGGUUUGAAGUGUGUCAUGCUUCUUGAUGGGUUUUCUAUCCUGCCAGCCUCCAAGGCUUCUCAGCUAAGUGGUAACGUCCAAUUGGCAGAGAUAGCUCUAAUAUCGAAAGAUAAUGCUUGA